GGUGGGCGUCCGAGAAAGGAACAGAAGGACCGGGAGAAUGGUGGGGACUAGGAACGAAGAUGAGAGGAGGCGAUGAGCUGAUUGAUCCUUAUAGCAAUGUGCUUUUUCCAUCUCAUCGCCUGUAAUUGUCUUCCGGGAGGGAACAUCGACGCUGCUCUUAUUGUCUUUGUCCAUCACAGCGGAGCGAUCAUUUGAUGAGUCUCCAUUUGGUCAGGAGCGCACUUUCACAAGACACGAGGCACGUUUCAUCCUUGAAACGGAAGAUGUGGGUCCAGCAGCAGAUACGCUCCUGUGAGAUACAGAUCCCGAAAGUUCUAGAAGCGUUGAAACGCCUUUGCUUGUUCCGAUCCAACAAUAAGAAGGGGGGCCACCAAGAAUAAAACCACGGGGGCGGGAUCCUCUUGACUAUGUAUGACCAUGGAAACUGUAUGAAUCCAGAACCCAAGCUCAAGCCCGGCGUGGAUGUCACCGUGGAAGGAGGCCCACGUCAUGUGACUGCACCAGAAUCACAAUCUCUUUUCGCAAAUGACUGUUUGUCUCAACUCAUUGAAACACAACUCACGCAAAUGGUCUCUGUGCGCUCUUCAUCGCUCCGUAACUACGAGAGUCCAGGCGAAGACUUAGGCAGAGCUCGAUCAACGUGGCAGUGCACACCUGAGCUUGCAGCUUACCACAACCGAUGCAAGAUGGCUUGCCCGAAACCACUCCCCUCCUCACGCGCAACAGGUGGCCUCGAGUAUCACCUGUUACGCUGAUCAUCCCCGUGGCCGCAAUAUGCCGACUAGCCAUCCGCCUUCCCUCCACGACUACCUUUCAUGUUAUUCAACAGCUACUAUGCCGGCUGCACUAUCUGGACGCAGAUUCGACGCGAAUUCCGGCUACCGGAAACAUACCCGACGAGCUUUGCGCUAUUCCGGACGUCCAACAGCAGUAUGCCGCGGCGCUUACGGCGAUGGCAAUGAGUGACGGAAUUGGGUCUAUCCUUGCCUACUCCGGGCUGGGCCUCGUUGCGUCCCGAAUGGGCCGUAAACCCGCCAUCCUGUUGGUCGUUGCCGUAGGCUUACUGGCGAAUGUGCUCGUUAUCACGUCGAAGCUUAUCGGGAGCACGACGGCACAAGUGGGGCUACUCUGCAUGUGGAUGGCGUGCAACUCGCUGUCUCAGCCGUUGAUCAUUGUGUUUGCGACCAACAUGUAUCUUGUUGAUCUGGUCGGCCAUGAACAGAGAACUUCAGCGCUGAGUACCUUGUGGGGAUGGUCUACCUUGGGUUCUGCUCUCUCAUUUGUCGUUGGUGGCUCGAUCACAGCCCAAUUCAAGGACGAACUACCCGUCUAUUAUGUCACGGGGACGAUUUGGAUCGCACUAUUCGCAUAUAUCACCCUUUUCAUCCCUGAGUCCUACCCCAAGCAUAAACGAAACGCACUGAGACGCGAGCCAGGUGCUGUAGAUUCAUCGUCCUGGAUUCAGCAGCACAUUUUACCUAUCUUCGAGCCGCUCUCCCUUCUCAAACCGGUUUGUGAUCCUGAGACUGGACAGCGGGAAUGGCGGCUGGCUAUCUGUGCACUUCACGCAUUCUGUGUGGAUCUCGGCGGAGCCUAUGGAGCUACUGCCCUGAUUGUCUAUCUCACCGGUGUGCAGAGAUACACUCCCCAAGAGACAGGCUACGCACUGACGACGCUUAAUCUCGUUGGAUUCACUGUCUUGACUGUGAUCAUACCUUCCCUGAUUCCCCGACUUCGCAGGCUUUAUGGGCCGAGAGAUGAUCAUAGCCUGGCUCAAACAAGGGAUUGUGUGGACAUCCUCGUGGUCUUUCUCUCCUGGGUGAUGGACGCUGCUGCAUUCAUCUUCCUGGCCUUGGCAGAGAGUAGAAUAGCUCAAAUGACAGGCGCGUAUCCCCUCUUACUGACAGGCACCCAGUAUCUGUGUGCUGACCUGCCCCGGACAGCUGUCACGCUGAUCGGACUCAGCGCAGGUCGUCACCCCGUUUUCCGAAGCUUGGCUGUGUCGGGCGUCAAUCCUUUGAAGCAAGGCAAGUCAGACACUGGCGGCCAUAGAAAUGGUCGCGAGUGUCGGGAAGUUUCUGUCCUCCAUUCUGAUGGGUGGGAUCCUCUCAGCCCUAACAUGUAUGACAGGACAAUAUCUACUGUUCCGCAAUUCGUCUUCUAUGUUCAAGCGGCUAUUGUUGUGACAGCUGCAUCAUCGCUGUUCUUCGCGACCUAGGAUGGGUAUCAUGAAUAGAUAUCUCUGCACGGUGCUGAAAGUGAUGGUGUUAAGAUUGUUUUGUCGAAAAUAUAAUGUCAAUACAUUCCAGAAAUGGAAAUUGAAUGAAUCAGUCUCAGGAAAACGAGCAAACUUAAAGCAUAUCAAGGGAAACAAUAAUCGCCGAAAAAGUGAUUCGACCCAGGUUCGAACUGAGGACCGCCUGUGAACCAUUUGCUCGCCAGUGGAACUCAAAUGUUAGACAGAAGUGAUAACCAACUACACCAUCGAACCAUGCAGAUCGACCAGUAUAGAUAGAGUAUAAUUGGAUUCACUUGUACGGAUGAUCCAUCUGUUAUGCACACGGUCAGGCGCUGAUGAUCCUGCCAGAUCCUGUCAACAGAAAUGACGACUUUGAACGACAUCCCCACCAGAAGGAGAUAACAGUCCAGCCGUUCCCUUGCAUCUCUAUUUAGCUGUACAACAGAAGAUGAUGGAAUCACACUGCUAGUCUGGUCCAAGAAUCUGGGUGCAUUGAGAUAGCUGCGGAUUACCACACAGGUGCAUCUCAGCUUGUCAGUCUCCAGUGAAUGGGUUGGAGAUCAGAUAUGCGCCGUCACAUGUAGCUCGAAUAUCAGGUUCUUUGUCGUAAUUCUGUCGGCAUCCUCAAGUUCUAGUACUCGGCAACGCUGUCACUGUACAGUAACAUUGGUCACAGCUACCAUGCACGGCAGUGGCGUUGGGCACGGAAACCUUUAGUGACGGAUUAGCCUAGCCGUUAACGCUUUCGUCCAAUACCCUGCGACCGGGCUACUGGAGCCGAAGGACGCAUAUAAGUGCGUCAGCUGCGUGGCGAUCGCGUAGCGAGAUCCUGGCAAACUGCAUGGGCCCCACGCCGAGCCCAGGAAAUGUGCGCGGCACCGGCGCGUCAGGAACACUUUCCACGUUGCUUCACAGGGGUCCCCAUGUCGGUAAGAGAGUUAGGCUCAGUCUUAUGCUCAACAAGAACCGUACAAGGCGAGUCUCCCUGCCUAUCGUCGUGAGUUUCGUUGACGGGCGAGAAUCGGCCGUGGGCUUGUAUUCGUAAUUUCAUAUUGCGCAGGAAUAUAUCCUUGGAUAGCGAAGAUUUCGAGGUAUGCCAAUAUAGCCGCUGGGCACGGAUAGAGGGCAUGCACUAGAGACACGGUGAGAGAUGACCGUGGUGUAGACCAGUGUGAGAAAAUGGUGGACGUUGGAAUCGAUCGCAUAAUCGGAGAAAGAGAUGAGCUCUCUCCAGACCCUUGAGCUUCUGCAAGCGCAGUGCCGUUUGGAGCGACUUUGGAACGGCCAGAAUAUGUGAGCGAGUGAAACGGUUCGCGGAAAAAUAUACUGCAAAUGGG